CGUCGCCUUUCUUUGUCGCCCCACCCCCACACACACGCUCUCUCUUCUCACUUCCUCUCUCUAGGUUUCUUCUCUCUGUAGCAGCAGUCUUUUUAUUUUUAUUUUUAUUUCCUCCAUUAUAUAAUUCUUGAAUUAAAUUAAUAUAAUCAAUCAUCGCAAUCAAUAGGUUGAUUAAGAACACACACCACCACCGUACCUUCACACACGAACACAUACAGUGAAACACAAUGUUGCAGCAAAAUGUUUACUCCUCUCUCUCCUCCUCCUCCUCAAACCCGCCUCUUUUUUCCUAAAAGGUAUGGAGUGUUCUGAUAUCUGGAACAGAUCAUGUUGCAGUGCAUAGACGGAAUAAAGCAUUUGCUUUCUGUUAUCCUGAAUUGCUGUGAUACCGAUUUAUAUAAGCAACCUACGGGGCUGGAAAAUCCAGAAGCUCUUGCAAGGGAGACAGUAUUUAGUGUGAGUGAAAUAGAAGCGUUGUAUGAACUUUUCAAGAAAAUCAGCAGUGCUGUGAUUGAUGAUGGGCUUAUCAAUAAGGAAGAAUUUCAACUAGCAUUAUUCAAGACAAACAAAAAGGAGAGCUUGUUUGCAGACCGGGUGUUUGACUUGUUUGAUACAAAACACAAUGGGAUAUUGGAUUUUGAUGAGUUUGCACGGGCCCUUUCCGUCUUUCACCCCAAUGCACCAGUUGAUGAUAAGAUUGAUUUUUCAUUCCAACUGUAUGAUCUUAAGCAACAAGGAUUCAUAGAGAGACAAGAGGUAAAGCAAAUGGUAGUGGCUACACUUGCUGAAUCUGGUAUGAAUCUUUCGGACGAUGUAAUAGAAAGUAUCAUCGACAAGACGUUUGAGGAAGCUGACACCAAACAUGAUGGGAAGAUUGACAAAGAAGAGUGGCGGAGCCUUGUUUUGCGUCAUCCUUCUCUUUUGAAGAAUAUGACCCUUCAAUACCUCAAAGACAUCACCACCACAUUCCCAAGUUUUGUGUUUCAUUCUCAAGUUGAUGAUACCUGAUUUUGAACCCAUGAAGAAGUAUAUAAUACUUCUCGAGCAGUAUUGGUUUGUUCCUUCUGUAGGCAAAGCUUGCGGUUGUGCGUGUAAAGGUUUACAAAGAAAGCCCUCAGGUCCAAUUAGACGCGGGAAAGAGAUGUUGAUUUUCAUGUUUCGAUUGGUGAUGACUAGAACUUUUUGAACAUGUGAGGCUUUUAGUUUGAGAAACUCUUAUCUUGUGUUGUUUGCUUCUGUUAGAUUGUUGAGAGAGAGAGAGAGAGGAAAAUGCAUCUUCUGCAGGGUUGAAUAAUUGCUUCUAUUUUGCAAUUAAAGUGAGUGAGAAGGGCUGAUCAGGGCUUACCUGUACUUGCUGCAACAACCAGUCACAGGUGAAGAUGAGGUUAACCAAGCAAAUGUGAACUUUGUUUGUCCUAGGCCCAAAGGGCAAUUGUAUAUAUGAAUCCAUCAUAUUGAUUAUUUGUUAUUUGGGGUGAUCUGAUGAGUAGGUUAUUACAAUUAUAGGUUUACUUUUUUGAAAGAACAACUUUCACUUGAUACCCAAUCUAUCAUGUGAAAAGCUCCAUGUUUAUGAUUCAUCAUGAUACUUUUAAAAUUGUCA